GAUUGUCUGAAAAACAGUGCUGUUUUUGGAGCAUCCAUUUAUUUUGUCCUGGAACAUUUUCACAGAGCAGUGGGCACGCAGUUUGGAAUUUCAGAUGCUUUUGUAAUCCCUAAAGAAGUAAGCUUUAAUCAUUUAUAAGGAUGCUCUGGUGCUCUCACGCCUCCACCAACCACAAUCUUAAGGGCUAAAUUCAUAAGAACCAGAUGUAUCUGCACAAUUUAUCUAUUGUGCUGUUUAGAGGCCUGCAGCCGAGCUGGUGCCUGUCUUUGUGAUUCCUCAAUUGGUCUUCGACUUUAUGUUUACCAGGUUGAGCGGGCGGAGAAAGCACCCCAGACUCUGCUGAAGUCAUCACCCCACCCACAUGGUCCACCUCGUCCCCCUCUGCCCUCAUCGCCUUUUGCUCCUCUUCAGCAACACCUCUUCAGACACGGUGAUAUGGCUUCAUACAAGGGUUUAGAAGAGGAGGCCGUGCCAUGAGAGCUGACUUUUGAGUCUGAGCCAAAAAGCCCCGACAGCCCUUUUUGUAUUUGUGUCCUGUGUGAACUGGAGCCACUGUCCAACCAUGAGGAGCAGCUCUCAUGUCCUGCCUCUUGGUGUGCUCACGGCUCUGCUGCUGUCUCAGGUCUGCUCCGGCAUCAAAUGGCUAUCACUAUCACACACUCCUGCAUCUUUACACAUCAACCAGACCCAACACUGUAAGCUGCUGCCUGGCCUCGUGUCCUCCCAAGCUCAGCUGUGCCGCAGCAACCUGGAGCUCAUGCAAACCAUUAUCACAGCCGCCCGCGAAGUCAAAAAAACGUGUCAGAAGACCUUCGCUGAUAUGCGUUGGAACUGCUCCUCCAUCAACAUACCCAUCGAUGCUCCCAAGUAUCGGCCAGACCUCGAACGAGGAACAAGAGAGACUGCAUUUGUCUACGCCCUGUCCGCAGCAACCAUCAGCCACACCAUAGCACGGGCGUGCACUUCUGGAGAUUUGCGGCUGUGCUCGUGUGGUCCUAUUCCUGCAGAGAUCCCCGAGCCGGGCUAUCGCUGGGGCGGCUGCGCUGACAACCUGCACUACGGUUUGAUCAUGGGCUCCAAGUUCUCGGACGCACCCAUGAAAAUGAAGCGUGCAGGCUCACACGCUAACAAACUGAUGCACCUACACAACAGUGAAGUUGGAAGACAAGUUUUGAGAGAUGCGCUGGUGAUGAAGUGUAAAUGUCACGGCGUGUCCGGCUCCUGCUCCAUAAGGACCUGCUGGCGAGGCCUGCAAGACCUGAGGGAGAUCGCCAUGGACCUGAAGACAAAGUACCUGUCCGCCACCAAAGUGGUUCAUCGGCCUUUGGGGACACGCAAGCAGCUGGUACCCAAAGACAUUGACAUCAGGCCAGUGAGGGAGAACGAGCUGGUCUACCUGCAGAGCUCCGCGGACUUCUGUCUUGUGAACGAGAAACUGGGCUCCGCUGGCACGCAGGACAGGCAGUGCAACAAAACUUCGCUCGGCAGCGACAGCUGUGACCUGAUGUGCUGCGGCCGUGGCUACAACCCGUACACGGAGAAGCUGGUGGAGCGCUGCCACUGCAAGUACCACUGGUGCUGCUACGUGACCUGCAAAAAAUGUGAGCGGAUCGUGGAGCGAUACGUCUGCAAAUGAGCCACAGCGGCAAGUCCUCUUCCCAGCCGCCCGAGGCUACAGGUUAACCAAAGCACUACAAUACCAACAAGGCUUACUUUUGUCUUAAGCUUUAGCAUGUGUACCUUCGACGAGAAGUGGUCGCUUCUCGUGUCAGUAUCCUUUUUGUAUCUCCAAACUGCCAAUCGGGCUCUUAAGCUUUUUUCGCUUCACAAACCUGGACGUGGAGAGCGUGGCAGCAGUGCCGGUUUACGUGAAGACCGCCGUCCUCCUGGGUAUUUCCUUUUUUUCCUUGUUAAUGAUUAUAAAUUCCCCUAACUGGGGCGUUGAAAGUCUAUUUUAUUAUAUCUCUAAUGAAAAGAAAUAAUAUUGGAUUUUAUGCUGGAGGAGAGGGAUCGUUUUUUCCCCUCACUAGACUUAUGUUUGGCUUCAUCCUCAGAAAUCAAAGGGUUCUGACGGAUCCGCGUGGUACUUCUCGAGGUACUAUUAACACUUUUUUUCCUCUGUGGCAAACGAACAAAAGGGGGGAAAAAGGAUCACAAAGGGAACUUCAAGUACUUUUCAACCACGGAACAUUUUUUAUUUUUUUUUGUGGUUGACGUUUCGGACUCUCGCCAUGUGUCCUGUGUGGAUCUCGACAUGACUGCAUCCCUGUGGAUUGAGAGAAGAGCAUUUUGUGAAAUGGUGCAUAAUCUCCUUUAUGUCUGACAUGCAGUUCAAAUAUAUUCUAUUUUUCAGAGCAUAUGAGCUGAACUCAUGGAUUUUUUUGUAAACCACUUUUGUGUGGAUGUACAUACUGUUAUUUUGUAUACUGAAAUA